AUGGUUAUUCUUAUUAAAGUUUCCUGCAGCGUUUUGAAAUCAAUGAUAUGGCUGUUUUCCGUAUUUAUUUUGAAACCUUAAAUGUAAUUUCCUAUAAUUUAUGGCGAUGGAACAACUAAUCAUUUCUCAUUCAGUGUCAUAGAUCAUCAUUCUUCAGGAAAGCUUGCAUUUGCUGGAGAGGGAUAUAACACUGGCAGUGGCGAUUAUGGGAAAGUAUAUGGAAUAUUUUAACCAUCAGGUGAAUACUAUGCAUUCAGCAUAUACAAUGUAGGCUUAGAAAUUUACAUGGUUGAAACAGAAAAUGGAGUUAUGAAUAAGUUUACAAUUACAGGAUCUCUGUCAGGUGCUCAUAUUACAAGUCAUGGUAUUGCUAUCGAUGAUAAUAGAGGAAUUUACUACAUUUACACAGAUAGUGGCUGGGAUGCUUAUCUCUUUAAAUUAGAUGGAAUAUCAGGAGCUUUACAAUGGAGAGUAGAUAAUCCAUGGAGCAGAAGUUAUACUAAUGGAAUUUAUUUGUAUUAAGGUGAAAUAUGGAUGAUUGGCCACCAUUACGUGUCUUCCUCUGACAGGACUAGAUUGAUCCAAUUACAAAAAUUUGACCUGUCUACUGGUAGUAAGAGUUUUGGUAAAAAAUUAGUACUCUCAGCAUAAGCUAAAGAUGCGAAAUGGGCUACCCUUACUCCAGCAGAUAAUAAUGAGAAUUCAGGUAAAUACGGAGGCUGUAUAGAUUCAUUUUAGCUUAUGGUGACUGAUAGAUAUCUGGGGACAAUUAUAUUUACUGAUUUUACAUAUGAUCCUACUAUUUGGUAUCUCACAAAACCAAGCAUACCAAUGACUUGCUUGGAUAGCUUUGUGGGUAGUGAUUCUUCAAUGAAGAUGGCAGUGAGAACCAUUGAUUCAUUAACUGAUACAAAGACUUAUUUAUAUGUAACAAGCAAUGCUUUUACCUCAAACUCUGCCUAAUUAUAUCUAGUUGAUUACGUGAUACUAGGAGCUAGUCAAGAUUAGACUCUGAUAAAUUAGAUAUAUUUUAUUGACGAUACAAACUUUUUCUAUGCAGGAAAUGUUAAUGUUAAUUCUUAUACAUAAGCAUUUGUUUCAACUAGUGACUCAACUUUUCUUUGUGAUACCUAUUCUUAAAGUAGCCAUUCAAGUAUUACUAUGACACAAGAAACCAUUAUCUCUAUUUUUGAUGUAGGAAACAAUGGCUAUUCAUCAUCAACUGCUUUUACAAUGACAACUAUGACAACUAGUGAUAUGGAUUAAACAUAAUAAACUUCAAAUACACAUUGUGGACAUCUAGGAUUCAUUUCAAUGAUUACAACUGGUAUUAAUCCAGCGCCUAUUACCUGCUACACUGAUACAGCAUGCUAAGUACACAUUGAUUUAUGGACUACUAAUCCUGUUUGUUCUGACAAUCCCGGCUUUGCUUAUUAAUUUACUUCUACUACAACAGCAACAACUUAUACUGCUUAACUUUAGGACAAUUAAGGUAUUCCCAUAAAUAUCCUGGCCACUUCUGCUGAUAUUGGGCCACAUACAUUGACAAUAAAAGGAGGUUUAUUACCUGGGGGUUAUUAGCAUUAAAAUUUGUACUCAUCCAUUUAAAGUCCAUAUAUUUAGGUUAGUAUAACUGUAGCCGACAAAUGCUUAGCAGAAUUUUCCACAUUCACUCCAAUGGACAUGAUGUUUAGUUAUUCUGUUAAUGAUAAUAGAGCUUCACUUAUCCUUAAUCCUAUGAGUUACUCACCCUCAUACUGUGCUACAGGUAUUCUUUACUCUCUGAGACUAGCAGAUCUGAAUUCUAUUCCAAGUUUUAUGAUCUUUCAUCCUGGAAAUUUGACUAUUGAUAUCCAGACAAAUAAUAAUGACGAUGCAUCUAUAUACAAUUUAUUGCUAGAGGGUUAAUUUGAUGAUAUCUAAAAUACAAUCACAUGA